UAAUCGUCAAACUUUCACCAUGUAGGUCAUUCAGGUGCUCUUCGUGCCAUGGUUAUCGGCUGUGGUCAGUGACUCCUCAAGCUUUUUCACCCCGCUGUCAAUGACGGCCCCUUGGAUUGGCCGGCCGGACGAAAUGUCAGCUGCGCCGACCUACUGCGCGGUUGACUAUGAUGGGCCUGCAGCGGCACAACUCGUCUACUGCCCAACAGCGCAAUGGACAACUGCAUCAAUCACCGGGGACGAUUUAAGCAGCCGGCUCGCCAGCGUUUCCUUCAGUGGGCAUGGGAGCAGCGCCUUCGGCACCGCUCCUAAUCGUCAAACUUUCACCAUGCAGGAUGAGCGUUGACCACCUGUGCAAGUACACGAGCGGCAACUGCUCCAAGAAAGACAUGACGAUCACGUAUGGAGUGUUCCAUCCGCAGUACAGUCCGGACCUCCGUAUACAUGGUGCGUACUCGCCACAGGAAAUCUUCCAGUGUCACCUUUCCUCGUCGGACGCUCGCUGCGAAUCUUUCGACUGCAUUUCCAGCAUGAAGCGGACUUAUUUCCGGCCCUUGACGCAGCAGUGCUAUACAGUGGAUGCUUGGAACGACUCGCAUUUUCUGAAGUGCCCCUCGCCGUGGACAUGGGAGCUGCGGCUGGGCGCCUCGUGGGACCCACGGCGUACCAUGGUGUUUUUCGACACGGGAUCUCUGGCCACCGUUGUGCACCAAGCGCGCACCUGCCCCGCUCACAAGCUGACCGCCGUGUCACUCCAGCCAGGGAAGCUCCUGACCGUCGUCGUGAGUCAGCGGCGCGUCGAACGUCUUCCAUCACCGUACAAGUCUCAAUGUUCCGACUACAUCGCCCGCGGCAUCUACCCUGCUUUUGAAGGCUACCUGAACUACGAUUCAUGUAUGCAACACUGCAGCAUGGAGCUGGAGCAUGAGCGGUGCGGCUGCGUGCGGCCCCAGCACGAGUUUGCAGGCGCUGUGGGAUGGACCAACUGCCACAUUCAGGAGUCAGGCGCUUGUUUCCAUGCACUGAACGCAAGUGGAGCGUACACGAGCUGCGAGAGUCGCUGCGGUCUGCCAUGCGAAGAAAUCGUGUACGACGUGAAGCUUGCAGGCAUCACCGAAGAAGAUGGUUUCAAGCACGACCGAAAGAGCAGGGUCGACCUCGAAGUCAAGUUCAGCUCUGACGUGAUGCAAGUGGUCCAGUACGUUCCAGUGAUCACCCGGGUGGAGGUCCUCGGCUACCUAAGCGCUUAUCUCGGCAUCUGGCUGGGACUGUCACUUUCCACCUUGGCUAUCCAGGCCCGGAACCGCUUUUGUCCCUCUCACCGGCGCUCACUGACGGAACGACAGGCGUCAUUUCCUGGACAUGAUAUCCCUGGUUUAAGAUUCUGCUUAACCUACGUCGGUAGGAGACUACCGCUGCAAAUCAGGCGCAGGAGAGCUGUGGUGGCAGCAUUCAAGCAAGCUCCGCAUCUAUUUUAGGGUUCCUGUGCUGCAAUGCUGCCAAUGAACACACCCAACGGAUACGGGCAUGCAACUGACUCAUGUCUGCAAACAGUAUGCUUAGUAAGACAUUCACGGUACUAGUCGCCGUGAACAAACAGUAGUUCUUUUUUUUUUUCACUCAUUAAAGAAGGUUAAUGUUAGGCUAGGCCAUAAAAUAAAGAACCUUUUGUUUUCCAUCUUACUGCUGCACUGCAGCAUCUAGGCACUGUGCCAUGGGUAUGUGCUCUACUCAAGGUGCAUUUCAAGCAAUAAAGAGUCUGAAGUGAACACUGCACCCUUGUGAGGGCUUUGAAACAUCAAUAAAAUAUUCUGACA